CGGCCGGGGCGGGGGAGGGGGCCGCUUCCUGCCCCCGCCCGGGCCUGACUCAGCCCCGGGUGGGGGGACCGGCCUGGCCCCUCGGCCUGCCCGCGCGGCCGCCCGGCCCGGCCCGCGGGGAGGGGGCGCCGAGCACCCGGGGCCCCCGCCCGCGCCCCCGGAGCGCGUGACCCCGUCUCCUCUGGCCCGGACCCCCUCCUUCCCCUUGACGCCGCCACCACGUGCGAACGCUGAGCCCGGGCAGAGGAGGGGGUGAGCUGGGGGGAUCCGGCCCCCUCCCUCGCGCGCCCGGCCCGGGCACCGGCCCCCUCCCCCAGCCCGGGCCUGGGAACCAGGCGGGGGCCUGGGCCGGCCCUGGGGCCGUGCACCCCCCGGGCCCAGGCCUCUGCGGGCUCCGGGAGGCGCUGGCCGGCUGGCCGGCGGCGGAGUCCGGUGGACCGCAGCGGGAGACUGCUGUCCAGCCAGGCCCGGGCACCCACUAAAUGUUUGGGGAACGCAGCCAGCACUUGGCCGAGUGGCAGGGGGAGGCGGGCACCUCCUCUCCCCCCAGCCAGCCGGCGGAAGUGAGAGAGGUGUCGGUGCCCCUUCCCCGGGCGUGCCCACCUGGCUCACCCAUGGGUGGCGGGCUUGCUUUGCACCCCCCCACCGCUGCCAGCUGCCUCCGGGAGCGGGCCGGCCGGAGAGGGCGUCCGGGAUCCAUGUCAGCACCCCCCCAGCGGGGCCAGGGCGUAACCCUCCGUGUGCCGCUCCCCCUCUGGGGGGGCCCUCCCCAGGACCAGCCGAUCACUUCCUAUUGGCAGAGUUGGUCUGGGGAGAGGUCGGAGGAGUCCAGCCUGGGCCCUGCUGCCGUUCCCCGGGCCGGAGGGCUCCAGGCCGGGGGCAUGCUCCCCCCAGGGCCACCCCCAGAGCUCCCGGGGCCUGGCACUUCUCGGCCGGGCUCGGGGCUGUGUUUACCGCCAGCCAUCGCUGUGGAGACGGGAGCCUGAGGGGGGGGGGUGGGAGCGGUGGCUGGAAGAGACAGCGAAGCCCUGGGAUCCGCAUGUCUGAUGAAGGAAAGAGGAGCCAACGGGGACACUGAAAUUUUAAUUCGUGGGUCACUUUGGGGGGGGGUAUUGAUCAUUCGGUUCUGAUUGGCUGCGUGGCGGCCAGUCAGCACCCUGGCCCGAGCCGGGAGCCACGCAGCUCACAGCAGAGGCCGCGCAGGAGCAGCCACGGGUGGCUGCUGGAGGCCCUGCGCCCUUUGCUCUGUGCAGGAGACUGAGGCCUGGCUGCUCAGCCCUCGCCCGGUGGGGAAGGUCCCCGGGGCAGGAGAGAGGCCUUGUGUUUGCUUUUUUCCUUCCCUUCUUUUCCUGGGGGCCCUCUGACCCGGAGCUGGCCGGGCUGGUGGCAGUGUCCGUUGCCACAUGAGGAAACGGAGGCCCAUCUCGAGUGUGGGAGCUUAGAGGAAGCCUCAGAGCGGCUGUGGGCUGGCAGGGGAGACUGAGGCCAGGGGGAAGCAGAGAGCAGCCCAAGGUCACCCAGCAGAGCUGGGGCAGGCCCUGGAGGUCCUGCCACGUCCAAAGUCCUCCCUGUGUCACAGUGAGGGGCGCCUGCCCACCUGUCUGCCAGGGGGCCCAGAGGUUGAUAGCAGGACCUGACAGCCCAGAGCAGCCUGCCCGGGCCUUAGGAAGCCCUUUGCCCAAAGAGGACAGAGAGGCUCAGAGAGGGCCAGCAAGGCGCCCACGGUCACACAGCGUGAGCCCCGUCCUCCCGCCUCCCAGCGUCCCGUGGCCGGCACUGUUACAGUGCGCAAGGCCCUUUCCCGCCCCCUCUGAGCCACAGUCCUGCACCUUGGCAUCUUGGCCCCUGUUGAUGGGCAGGGCUGUGGGCUUUACCACCCAUUAUUCCCAAGCAGCCUGAGGUCACCUCUCAAGAGCCAAGACUCAGGGCCAGCCCCUCCGAAGCAGGGCCGCCCCAGGAGGGUGUCCGCUGGGUUGGGAAUGCCGACCCGUUGCUCUGUGGCCUUGGCCGAGCCCCUCAGCCUCUGGGAGCGCACGUGUCCCCCUCUGUAGAAUGGGGUGUCGGGGGGUCCCCCCGGAUGGUGCGUGCGGGUCUCCCUGUGUUGUGUCCUCCCCUCCCUCGUGGAGGAAGCGCCCAGGUCCCGCCGGCAUGCGUCUCGCGGCCUGAGACACUGGGCACCCCCACCUGUCACCUUGCGCUCCAGGCCCUGCAGCGAUGGUAAACCGCCCUGCAACAGCCCUGGGCGGCAGGGACCAGAGGAACAGGCUUGGGUGGGGGCCGGCGCGCUCCAAUCCCAGCCCGGCCCUCGCCUCCACCUGAGGUCCGCCCAGGAGGUCACGUCCCCGCUGCCGGCCUCGGUGUUGCCGACAGUACAGUGGGGACAUUACUUUCAGCCAAAAGCGUCACCCGAGGAUUUACUCGGAUUCCUCAGGGAUGUUUGUUGAGCGACUGCUGUGCGGGGUGGGGGCCUGGGGGGCUCCUCCUGCAUCCCUGUCCUGAUGACCAAGGGAUCAGGCCCCUGCCCUGAGUUCGCAGAUGUGGCUGGACUCCAGCCCCCCAGGGUGGGGAGAUGUAGGCCCCUGCUGGUCCCUGGGGGCAGUGUGGUGGAGGGAGGAAGGAGUCAGAUGGCCUGGGUUCAAACCCCCCUCUGCUGUGUGACCCUGGGCACGUCGCUUCGCCUCUCUGAGCCUCAGCGUCCUGACUGUAAAGUGGGGCAGUGGGUACAGACGCUGCCUUCCCAGAGCUGUGGGGAUGGACGUUGAGAUGCUCAAGACCAGGCCCCCAGGCUGAGGAGCAGCCCCGGCCCCCCGGGCCCGAGUCCCGAAUUUGGCGCACCGGAGGGCGGAAGGUGCCCUGCGGAGGAUCUGGCGCCCGUGAGGAGCGGGGCCAGAUGACCGGCCCCUCCAUCUGUCCCCCCAGCAGGCUGUGGACGGCCACUGGGUGGAAGCGUCCCCACCCACGCCUUUCUGGUCUGACUGGAAAACAAGGCCGGGUCCCACGUCCUAUCAGGAUGUGUGACGGGAGGGGACGGGUCUGUGGGCACGGGCCCCAGGGGGCUGUUGGCCCCUUUGUCUGAGGCUCCCAGGCUCAGCCCUCCACCUGCUCGGGCUGGGAGUGGGGGUGGCACAGGUGCCUCCAGGUGACAGGCAGGCCUCGGGGGAGGGCGAGAGGUCUGGAGGUAGAAGGGAGGAGCCGUCUCCUAGAGGUCACCUGGGUCUCCCCUGGGCAUCUCGGAUAAGCAGGUGCAGCCUGAGCGAGGGCGGGGUACCCGGUGACAGGAUUCUGCGAAGCCUGGCUUUGCUUACUCCCGGUGACGGGAAGCUCAUUCCUUCCACCUCACCGGGAAUGGCUCUGUCUUCCCAGAGCUUCCUCUUGGAGCCCGCUGUCGGUGUCGGGGUGGACUUCCUGACCCAGGACAACACUCAGAGCGUGGGAACAGGGUGGGCCUCGGCCCCGCCCGCGAGUCCAGGGUCAGAUGGGGUCCCUAUGACCUCCUCAUCCCCUGCAUCUGCCCCACACGCACACUUCCCACCGGGCCCGCGGCCUUCCUGCCUCUGGCCCUUUAAGGCCCGGGCAGGAAGCCCCUCCCCAUUUAGGGCAAUAAAUGGACACAGAAAAUGGCCGAGGGCCUGUUUGCUGGUGUCUGGCCCGGAGGGAGGCCUGUGAGGGCGAGGACGGGCGGGCAGGGGGCGGGCCGGCAGCUGGCAGCCGGCAGCCGCCCUGGGCCGUGGGUGCCCCCCGCCCCCCGAUCGGGACGCUGCAUUCCUGUCCCAUGAAACCCGGGGCCGGGGACCGGGCCAGGCAGGGAUUGGCACCAGGUCAGGGCGGGGUAACCAGUCAGGACCAACCUUGCAACACAGGCCGCCAGGCUGGGAGGGGGCAGGGGCGGCCGGGCGAGGGCCUGGCAGCUGCACCUGGGCGCUCCACUUGCUGUGUGACCUUGGGCCGGCCGCCCACCCUCUCUGGGCCUGGUUUUCCCCUCCAGACGACGGCUGCGCUCCCCCGGCUUCCUCCCGGGCCCCCCGCACGCUUCCUCGGCACAUAGUAGGUGGGAGGGGGGCUGGAUUCCUGGAAUUCUGCUCAGAGGUGAAGUUCGAGACCCCCCAUCCACCAGCCGGGGCGGUGACCAGCCUUUGGGGACAGGUGCUGGCACACAGUAGGUCCUUAGGCAAAGAUUGGUAAGUGGAUGAGAGUGGGCCCCUGGGCCUAGCGCAGCCCCAGCCUGUUGCCGCUCCCAUGACCCCUGAGGAAACUGAGGCCCAGAGAGGUGCUGCGUCUUGCCCGAGGUCACACAGCCUGGAAGUAGAAGAGCCAGGGUUUGGGCCCGGGCUGCCGUGCGCGGCGCACAGUAGGUGUUAGAGUCCCUUCUUGGGUCUGGUCUGUGGGUGGGGGUGGAGGGGCCUGAACCCCGCGUUAAGCUGCUCCCCACCCCCGGACACUCCUCCAGGAAGGCGGCGGGUGGCAAUUACCCCCCCACCCCGGCGGGCCGCCCCUCUCCCUCCUACAGAGUGUGGGUGGGAGUAGAAGGCCCCAGCCCUCACCUUGCCCCUGACCUUGGGAAGCCUCCUGGUGACUCGGCCUCCUCCUCCUCUGGGUCCCCUCUCUCGGGUGCCCACUGCCAGGCCUUUGCCUCUGCUGUUCCCCGUGCUCGGGACACCCUUCCCACGGUCCUGGGGUCCUUCCUGGGUGACACGUGCUGCUCCCUGACCUCACCUCGGGUCCCCAGCCAUUGAGGGCCGGCAGCUCAGGCCUGCCCAGGUCAGAGAGUCCGAGUCCCGACCUGGCCGCAGGUCUGCUGUGUGACCUUGCCCGGGUCUCGUCCCCUCUCUGCGCCUCUCCCCAGGCUUUACCGUGGGGAGGAUGAAACAAAGGUGCCCAGGCAGUUCCUGAAAGUUCCGGGGCACAGAGGAGGCCCUGGGGAGGGCCGAAAACAGGCCUGGGUCCUGGGAAAGAAGCAGCAGUAAGUGACCCUAGGUUAGAUCGGAGGUGGGACCGGCAUGAACCGGGUGUGCCGCUCGCCGGGUGGGCAGGGCAGGGCGUGGGCUCUCCCCAGUGCAUAGCUCUCUGGUCCUUGGUUCAUCUGGCCAUGUGCUGCGUCCCUACUGUGCGCUGCCCGGGGGAGGCCUGGGAGCAGCCCGGAGGGACAAGGGCGCCCCUGCUCCGGCCCAGGAGGAGCCUGCCGAGGCUUGCCCCUCGGCCGCCGAGUCAGCACCCCAGCGCCCCGGAAAUCCACGGCAGGAGCGUGGGGGCGGAGCUGUGAUGAAAGACGCCAGGGUCUCGGCGCGGAAGAUGGCCGGCGGCGUGGACGGCCCCAUCGGGAUCCCGUUCCCCGACCACAGCAGCGACAUCCUGAGUGGCCUCAACGAGCAGCGGACGCAGGGCCUGCUGUGUGACGUGGUGAUCCUGGUGGAGGGCCGCGAGUUCCCCACGCACCGCUCGGUGCUGGCGGCCUGCAGUCAGUACUUCAAGAAGCUCUUCACGUCGGGGGCCGUGGUGGACCAGCAGAACGUGUACGAGAUCGACUUCGUGAGUGCCGAGGCCCUCACGGCGCUCAUGGACUUCGCCUACACGGCCACGCUCACCGUCAGCACGGCCAACGUGGGCGACAUCCUCAGCGCCGCCCGCCUGCUGGAGAUCCCCGCCGUGAGCCACGUGUGCGCCGACCUGCUGGACCGGCAGAUCCUGGCGGCCGACGCGGGCGCCGACGCCGGGCAGCUGGACCUCGUAGACCAAAUCGAUCAGCGCAACCUCCUCCGGGCCAAGGAGUACCUCGAGUUCUUCCAGAGCAACCCCAUGAACAGUCUGCCCCCCGCGGCUGCUGCCGCCGCCGCCUCCUUCCCGUGGUCCGCCUUCGGGGCCUCUGAUGAUGACCUGGAGGCCACCAAGGAGGCCGUGGCUGCUGCCGUGGCCGCCGUCGCCGCUGGCGACUGCAACGGCUUGGACUUCUACGGGCCAGGCCCCCCGACAGAGCGGCCCCCGGCCGGGGACGGGGACGAGGGUGACAGCAACCCGGGGCUGUGGCCGGAGCGGGACGAGGACGCCCCCACCGGUGGCCUCUUCCCGCCGCCCGGGGCCCCGCCAGCCACGGCCACGCAGAACGGCCACUACAGCCGGGGCGGGGAGGAGGAGGCGGCCUCGCUGUCGGAGGCGGCCCCCGAGCCGGGUGACUCCCCGGGCUUCCUGUCGGGCGCGGCGGAGGGCGAGGACGGGGACGGGGCCGACGCCGACGGACUGGCGGCCAGCACGCUGUUGCAGCAAAUGAUGUCGUCGGUGGGCCGGGCAGGGGCGGCAGCGGCGGGCGACAGCGACGAGGAGUCGCGGGCAGACGACAAGGGGGUCGUGGACUACUACCUGAAGUACUUCAGUGGCGCCCACGACGGCGACGUCUACCCGGCCUGGUCGCAGAAGGUAGAGAAGAAGAUCCGGGCCAAGGCCUUCCAGAAGUGCCCCAUCUGCGAGAAGGUCAUCCAGGGCGCCGGCAAGCUGCCGCGGCACAUCCGGACCCACACAGGCGAGAAGCCCUACGAGUGCAGCAUCUGCAAGGUCCGAUUCACCAGGCAGGACAAGCUGAAGGUGCACAUGCGGAAGCACACGGGCGAGAAGCCGUACCUGUGCCAGCAGUGCGGCGCGGCCUUCGCGCACAACUACGACCUGAAGAACCACAUGCGCGUGCACACGGGGCUGCGGCCCUACCAGUGCGAGAGCUGCUGCAAGACCUUCGUGCGCUCCGACCACCUGCACCGGCACCUCAAGAAGGACGGCUGCAACGGGGUGCCCUCGCGCCGCGGCCGCAAGCCGCGCGUCCGCGCCGGGCCGCUGGGGGCCCCGACGCCCCCGCGGGCGCCCCCCGCGCCCCCCGGCGCCCCCGCCGCGCCCGGCUCCCCCGACGGCCGGCGCGACCGGGAGAAGCACUUUAAGGACGAGGAGGAGGAGGAGGACGCGGCCAGCCCCGAGGGCGCGGGCGCGGGCGGCGCGGGGGGCGCGGGGGGCGCGGGCGACGGGGCCCCCGCCGACGGCAGCUUGGCGGCCGGACUCGCCUGAACGCCAAAGAGCAGACGGGACCUCCGAGCGGGCAGGCCCCCCGCGCCCCAGACCGCACGCCCGGGAGCCGCUCCGUGUCCAGACCCCGCAUCUCGAGACGCAUAUUCAGACCCACACACGCGGCGCGCCGCCGAAUCUAGAUAGUGCUUUCUCGGGGGCCCCCCACCCCGCCCGAGGGGCUCGGGGCUCGGCGUGGGCCCGAUCGGGGGGCCCCGGGUGGCUGUCCGUUUCCUCCCUCGCUGGUUUCUCCGAGUCUUCGAGACAAGACCUUAAAUGAUGGCUGUCCGCUGAGAGCGGACGUUAAAAUGCACCCCCCCCCGUCCCCCAGCCUCCUUCCUCAGGGCACUUACUAAGUGGGGGUGUCCCCGCUUGAUCCCCCCCACGGCCUCCCCGCCUCCCCUCCCCUCCCCUCCCCGCUGUGGCCUCCGUAUCUCCCGGCCGCUGGGACGCCAGUCUAUUUAUUUCCAGGCGCAGAGAAAGGGGACAAGACGGGGGACACGGGGGCGCCCCCUCGAUGGCACUUACACCCCAGCGGGGCCCCCUCGUGGGGCGCCCCCGCCACCCCCGUCUGCGUCCCCCGACCCAGGCUGCCCGGACCCCCGAGAGAUGUUUGGAGAUUGAAAACUUUGUCUUCCCCCCUCCCCGCCCCCUGAGCCCCCUCCCGUUUUUAAAGCACUUUUUAGAUUUUUUUUUUUCCUCCUUUAAAAACAAAAUUUAUAUAUAGAUAUAUAUAUAUAUAUAUUAAAAAAAUAUACUUUUCCUCAGAGGAGCAGGCAACAGCGUGGGGUGAACUAGCCAACAGCAGAGGGAACCCAGGGUCCCCCGGUGGCAGGGAUGAGGGGAGAGUGUCCAGAAGUUCCAAUGUCACAAAAGCAAUAAAAACCCAGAUUUUACAAAAUGAAAGGAAAAACAGAAAAAAACAACAAAAAAAAAAGACCACCAACCACCAAUAGAAGUCUUGGCACUUUGAAACAGAACGGGUACUACACUUUAUCUUAAUUCUUAAUUUAAAAACGUGUUUACAAGUUGCAACCAACUUCUAUGAAAAGUCGAAAAGACAAAAAAAAAAUAAAAGAGCGAGCGAGAGAGAGAGAGUGAGAGAGAGAGCUAAAAGAAAUUCCUGAAAGCUGAUUUAUUUUUGUACAAAAUAAUAAAAAAAAAAACCCACCGCAGACGGAGAAUCCACUUCUGUUCCCUGAGGCGAGGAGGGGCCAGGAAGGCUGGGCAGGGUCUUCGGAGGUCCGGGGUGAACCGGGGGGCUCGCCUCGCAGACAGGCCUCUGGGGUUUUUGUGUUUCUGCCGUGUCCCCCCACUUCCCCCCCAUCCUGUCCCUUUUUUGGUUCUGAUUUGGAGAUGCUUGUCGCUCACUAGCCAUACCGUGGCCCCCCAUGUCCGUGGAGACCCUCCUUACCGACUCCCCAGCUCAGGGAUGGGCCCGAGAGAGGGCUGGCCUUCCAACCAGCCAGAGCACCCAGUCCCCCACCUGUCCCCGACCCUUGCUGUCCCCUCGCCCACCUCGGGGCUUCCCACCCUCCAACAUGGUGGCCCUUCCUUGUAGCCGCCAAGGAGCCACCAUCUUGGAUAUGCCAUCCCCAUCGAGGUGGGUGACGGGGGCCCCACCUCCAGGGCCUUACACCCCCCCCAGGCACCCCUCUUUUUACUCAAAGGCACUGACUGUAAUCUGGGGGCUGGCACUGCCUCCCCCCAGCCCCUGGCUCCCCAAAGGCCCGGCGUUGGCCGAGCCACAGGCCACGGACAGGGGCCAGGGGCGGGGGGGACCACGAUGCCGGAGGCCAGGGCACCCUCACCCGACCCCCUCUCGCAUAUGCAACGCCUAGCGUGGGACCCUGUAAAUAGAUGCUCCGCUGAGCUGAGGCCCUUCCUCGUCAGAGCCCGAGGUGGGGGUGCCCCUAUCCCCCCUCCAGCCGCUGGCCCGUCUCCCCGGGACCCCCUUGCUCUGUGACAAACCCUGUCUUCUUGUCUUUUCUUUUUCUUUUUUUUUUUUUUAAAGGGAAGCUUUUUAAGAAGGCAACUUUCAUUGUUGUUUCUACAGGAGACUUUUCUUUCCCUCCCGAGCCUGUCAGCCCCCAGAUGUCUCAGGAGCCCCCCUCCUGAGGGAGUGGCAGGGGAGCCCAGGGCCUGGUGGCCUCGUCACACCCCAGCAGUGAGGGGUGAGCUCUUUCAGAGACCCAUCUGCGGAGGCCGAGCAGAGAGCUCAAGCGCCCAGGCCAGGGACCCCACCCCCACCCCACCCUGGCUCCCAGAGAGGUUCCCUGAGGGGAUGGCCCUCUCCCCCCUCCCCACACACCCCCUCGCAAUAAAACCAACUGAAAAAUCACAGCUGUCAUCCUGGCCAGUGGGGGCGACCGGACUUGGGGGAUCGAGGACUACGGCGGGGGCAAGGGCUCAACCCCGCCGAGCACACUUUAACACAAACCUCCUCGGGAAUUGCACUAAACCCCUGCGCCUAGCUCUGCGCUCAGCUUCUGCCAGCCCCGCCCCCCUCCUCCGCCUUAACCCCGCUCCUGCCUCCCGCCAGCCUGUCCCGGGGGCUGCAGCGUCUGCAUGGGCCCAGCGCCGGGACCCCCACUCGCCCACCCAGCCCCCCCAACUCCCUGCAAUCACAUACUGUAUAUAGACGUGGAUCGAUUUUAUUUUUAUUCUUUAAAUUAAGGUCGUGAUCAAGUGUUGCCAAAGAUACUGCUGAAUUCUCGAGUUUCAGGAAACAAACAAACAAAAAACAAAUCUUUGAGGGGGAGCGUGCUGACCAGUCAGAAAGGACACAGGAGAACGUUUUUUUGUUUGGUUGUUUGGGGUUUUUUUUUUUGUGUUUUCUUUUUUUGGGGGUGUUUUUUUUUUUUAACUGCCUGGUACAAAAAAAAAAAAAGAAAAAAGAAAAACAAAGCGGAAUUGUGAUUUCCAUCCUCUUGGUGAGGCUGUGUGGAUGUGUGUGUGCGCGUGUGUGCGCGAGUGAGGCCCAGGCGGGGGCUCCGAGCUCGGGCUCUGGGGGGCCUGGCGGGAUGGGGGGCCGGAGCCCCCGCCCGGAGCGGGCACCAGCCUGGGGACCCGGGAAAGAGAGAUUAACACCUUCGCUGCUGCCCCCUGCCUAGCCCCCCGCCCCACCGCUGCCUUUUGAGAUUGAGAGGGGAAAAAAAAAAAGGCAAAAAAAAAAUAAAUAAAAACGAUAAAAAUACAAAAUUUCAAAACCAGUGAAUGUAAAAUGCCGGCCCAGGCCCAGCCUGGCACGGUCGUGGGCCUGUGCCCAGCGGGCUCCAGUGGGCCACACCAAAGUCGGCCCCUGGGCGGCUCGCCCAGGAGACCCCAUGUGACCGCCGUCUUGUCACCCUGUUUGUCCAUGGCUGUCCGCUUCCUUCCGAGGGGGGUCUUAGGGGAGGGGAGGGUCCCCCGGCCCCUUCCAGGGUCUUCCGGGGGAGACUUUGCACUACUGAGACCCUUCGGCCACAGCGGGAGGGCCGCGUGGCACGCGGUGGGACCCAGGCAGGGGCUGGGGGUCCCCCAGCACCGGGGCAGCCGGGGUUGUAGGAGGUGACACAGAGGGAGUGCUUGAAAAGCAGGAAAUAAAAAAAUUUAAAAACCUAUAAAAAAAAGCAAAAAUCCUAUUUUUUGAGAAAGAAAGAUAUUUAUAUUUGCAGUUUUAUUUUAACAAGUUAUUUAAGCUGGGGAAGCAGCCUUCCUGGAGUUGGGGGGGGGUUGGCUGGUGCAGGACGGGUCAGGGGCCUGGGGGCUCAGGCACCCAGGAGCCACAACCUCAGAGUUUUAAGACUAGCUAGCACUAAAUACACAGAUUUACAUGGGGGGGGGCGGGGGGCAGGGCCAGGAGACAAGGGGGGCUGGGGGGACCCCCAUCCCGCGGCCAGAGGUCUCGAGGCCCAGGUUCCCCCCUGCCCCACCCAGGCCCAGACACGAGGUGCCUUGGACUUUGGGGGCCAGGCCUGGCGACUGGGGGGCUGGGGGCACAGCACAGAGCAGACAUUCCAGAGACUGUACCUGAGAGUCUUUAUAAAGUGUGGGAGAUUUAAAAAACAAAAUCAGUUGAUAAAAAUGCACUUUUUGGGGGUGGGGGGAGAAGCUUUAAAAGUAAUUAAAAAAAAAACAAAAAGA